AUGAAGGAGGCAGAGAAUGCUGCAAACUCUGACGCUGCCAGGAAGACGGAAUGGAAGUCAAGAAAAAGCGACCGGCUGGUCAGAGCAGAGCUCGUGCUCAACGGGCUCAAGACGGAUUUCCUGCAGCAGUUCAGAAAGAUAGAGAAGCAGAGAGAGUCGCAUGCGAUACGAGAGAAGCAGAUAAGAAACGAGUACUUCUUCAAGCGCAGAAAUUUACAAGUCCAGCACGAGCUGGCGACCAAGGGCAACAAGCCUGUCACUCGGUGGAAGAAGGAGGAGGUUCCUGUGCAGAAGGACCCUGAGCCAGUCUUCCAGCACAAGCUGUUUGUUCCUCGCCUGAAGCUUGACGCUAGACUGCAUGAUUGGCAGCAAAGUAACAUGGAGAGCACGGCAGCAGAGGAGGAGGCUCCCGUGCGCUACAUCGACUCGAUCCGAUCGCAGGUGACGCGGGUGGAGGUGUCGCAGGAGGAGAGGGCGAGGCUGCUGGCCAUGGGAGCAACGACAGCCCGAGACGAGGGAGGAGAGAACGUUGCGCUGGCGACUUUCACCGCUCCUCAUUGGACCUCGUUGCUGACCAAGUCCUGGAACGUGACGUCGGCAGGGAGCGUAAGACCGCAGACGACACGAGACCCUCCUGCUGGUUCAGCCAGCUCCAGGUGGCUACCGACGAGAGCCCUGACGUCUCGGUCCGAGCAGCGGAGCAGGAGCCAUGCGUCGGCGCUGCUUGCGGCCGAGAGGGCAACCAACGAGCUGUACAUGGUGCUUAACGACAUGAACCAGCGGUCGUUGCGGAGAUCUUUGAGCGGCGACUCGUUGACGGGAAGCCGAAGCCCGAUGAUGGACCCGGUAGCUGUCCGGGGGGAGAGGAGCCGGCCGACGGAGAAGACCAAGAUUCCGUCGACGAGCAAGAGGGAGGCAGAAGGGCAGAGGAGACUGGAGGACAAGAGGGAGAAGGAGGAGCAGGAGGAGGUGGAGGAGCAGGAGGAGGGGCAGGAGGAGGAGCAGGACGGGUUUGAGAUGGUACACGCAACGAAGUUUGACGAGCUCAAGAUUGUCGGCUCCUUCCCCAAGUUCUCCAGCAGCAACCCACGAGCUGGGAAGAACGUCAAGGGGGAUCACAGCCGGAAGGCUCGUCCAGCUACGAACAAGCCAGUCAACCGGUUGAAAGCGAGGACAAGAACUGCUCCUGCUAGGAGCUCUGACAACGGCGGCAGCGGGCUGAGGAACGAGGAGGUCGCGAAUCUCCACGAGCUCAAGAUCGCUGUGGACGAGGGUGUCGUGCAGUGGCAGUCUGAAAGCGACUCUUAUCCUCUU